CCAACAAUGAGACCUAUCACAUUCCCCUCCUCUCUGCUCUGAAAGCCAAUCUCCACACUACCGAACUCACCGGUAUGAUUUACACUUCGGACACCUCCAACAGCAGGCCGGCCGCCAUGCGUCAAACCCACUCCCUCCGCCUUUCCCUCCUCUGCUAAAGCCUGUAGCAGCCCUGCGAAGCCAUGCAAUAUAAGCUAUCCUCCGGCGCGUGUAAACUCCCACCCAAUGCUUCGAAACUCUGAUGACGCCGGAUGGCGUCAUCGAAUCACGGAUUGUAUCGGGGAAUGCAGUGCCACACGCUUUGCAUCGCAUCCCCGCAUUUCGUGGGGAGCAGGGAAAGGAAAUCCGGAUUCUGGUGCAGGGUGCAGAAGGAUAUUACGAGGUGCGCUGGUGGAGGGUUGUGCGUGCAGGGUGGGGAGAGGUCUGUUCGCGCUCCGCGUGCGGUGGGUUUGGGGUGAAGCUCUCGACUCUCGAGGGAUGAAUAGAGUGAACGAAUGGAAGGAAGGUUGCCUUGUGUCUUGUGCGUUGAUGGUCUGCGCAAGUACUGUACACAUGAGACCCUUAGGUAUGUGUGUGAGGAUGAGAAGACUACCAAGUAGCUGUACGGAAGCAAUGUAUAUUGCGAACAAAAAAACGAGAUCUGUCUAUUCCAUUCAUCAUACUAUGUACGAUCGAACUCUUGUAGAAAAGGUCGCCCACCACCCUCCGGGCAUUGUGGCUGCUCCUGCAAAGGACACACCACGCCUCGUGAGGGCUUAUCGAUGGAGAGCAGUUGGAUGCUUCUUUUACAGCCUUACCUGUUGUUUAGGAAACGAGAGAGGCAGUUAAGUGCUCAUCUCUCUGACUGGCUUAAGAAUGACAAUAAACAUAGUUUGCACCGCUACUUCCCCGAGGCGCCUGGUCCUGGCGGGGUCCGAAAGCCGCCGGCGCGUCCUCUC